AUUGUCAAUAAAUUAUUCAAUUGUCAACUACAGUGUCUUCGCUUUAUGUGUUAUUCCGCCUGAUUUGUGAAAAUAAUAAAUUAUAGAUCGCAGGAAAAGUUAAAUUGGCUGUCGAUUGAUUGAUUGACUAAACUAAAAUAGUUUUGACUUAUUAUAUCAAAUUAAUAUUUAAAAUGGUUUUGACUAAGGAAUUCAGGAUCUGUAUGCCGAUGACGGUGGAAGAGUAUCGGAUUGGUCAGCUGUACAUGAUAGCUCGGCAUAGCUUUGAGCAGUCCAGUAAUGGGGAAGGAGUGGAAGUAGUGGCCAAUGAGCAGGUCACUGAUGAGGUCAAUGGGGUUGGACAGUACACUGAGAAGAGAAUCCAUCUGUCUAGCCACUUACCUUAUUGGGUCCAGUCUAUGAUACCAAAAAUAUUUUAUGUCACUGAAAAAGCAUGGAAUUAUUACCCUUACACUAUUACAGAGUAUACAUGCUCCUUCAUCCCCAAAUUUUCUAUCUCUAUUCAAACAAGAUAUGAAGAUAACAAUGGCACUACAGAAAAUUGUUUAGGCAUGACUCCAGAAGAAUUAGAACAGCGAGAAGUGGAUUUCCUAGACAUUGCAUAUGAUGAGAUCAAGCCACACCAUUACAAGGAGGCUGAGGACCCGAAGUUCUUCAAGUCACAGAAGACAGGGCGAGGUCCCCUUGUGGAAGGCUGGAGAGACUCCCACCAACCCAUCAUGUGCUGCUACAAGGCUGUCAGUGUCAAGUUUGAGGUUUGGGGCCUUCAGACUAGGGUGGAGGAGUAUGUCCAAGGAGCUAUUCGCGAAAUUUUAUUGCUUGGUCAUCGACAAGCGUUCGCGUGGAUGGACGACUGGUUCAAUAUGACCAUAGAGGACGUGAGGGAAUAUGAGCGCGAGAUGCAAGCGAAAACCAAUAUCAAGUUGAAAAUCAAUACAGAGGCGGUUGAAGGUUCAGGCGAAGAUAAGAACUCAGAGUCUUCUAAACCCCAAACUCCUAAGACGCCGAAAUCACCGAAGAGUACGAGUAGCACACCCACUGCUGAAGGCCGGUCGUGGUUCAACUGGUCUUAAGUUUACCAAUAAGAAGGGCUUGAAUAUCUAAAGAGAUAACACGUGUAGUCAAAUGCUAUCUCUUUUAUGACUUGUUUAAUUAUCGACAGACAAGUGAUUACAAGGCCAUUACAGAUUGGCUGCAGUCUGUGUCUAUAAGGUCAAAUUAUGCACACUCUUAAGUUACGCGUGUUUGGAAGAAUAGAUUUGUUUAAAGUAUCCUUUAUAGCUUGAAAAUUAUAUGAUAUUUAUUGUAUGUUGAGACGUUUUUCAAGCCCUUCAGAGUGACAUAGAUUUUGAUCUCAUCUUGCUGUCACGACAAGUUUUGAUUUUGUCGACUUGAUGUGUUCACCUAUUGCCUUCGAAGUUAUAUCUUCCAUUACAGUCUUUCUUUAUGAUUUCCCAGUUAAUACAUAUUAGAGAAUUUUGUUCCUAGUUGUUCUACGUAUUAAGUUAUACUCAUGUUCGAAUGGUGUUAGUUAGACAAUAUUAUUUAAAACUUAGGGGAUACCUUAUACUAUAAAUUAUAGUUGAAACCUGCUUAGUAACAAUUAGUGAUGGCGAGUACGAAAUUUCCAAUGACCAAUCCUCAAAAAUGAAGGUGUACAGGUGCCUUUAAUUGACCUCGAGAGUUUUCCUAAAACAAAUACAUAUUGUAAAAUAUUCCAUAGGGAUAUUAUUGCAUAUUAUAUUUUCAUGGACAUGUUUUCAUUUUUAAGGUGACUAUUUAACAUAACUGAUAUUAUUUUAAGUUUAUUGUGGUAAGCUGACUUUAUGGUAUUGGAAAUUAAAGGCACCUCUGACAAAACUGAAAAAUAAUGAAUAACAUAAACAAACUAUUGAUAUACAGUCGUAUUUUUGGAUAUUGACUUUGACAUGGACUAUCGUUUCCAAAAUAACAAUUUAUUGUAAGAAUUAUCUAUGUAUGUAACUAAUAUUAUUAUUAUUUUCUUCUAUAUUAUAAACGACCUAAAAAAUAAGACUCAACUUCAGUAAUAAUAAGCGAUUUUUACUGUUUUACUGACGAAAAUACUAACUAUCUGACUGCUGAAACCCCUUAGGGUAACUAUAUUCCUAUAAUACAUUCUUAAUAUUAAUUUUCCUAUAUAUUAUUGUGUUUCUAUGUGUUUUAGAUAUCUUUGUUAGAUGUUGUAGUUGUUAUUAGUAUGUUGUCAUUACUGUGUGUUAGUAACCUUUCAAAAGGCCUUUACUUAGAAAAUGGUUGUAAUUAAGUAAUGUCGAAUUAUCUACAGAAGUGUUAUAUGUAAGUAACAAACGGGUAUGUCGAGUAAUAUGGACAAAUAUCAUAGUUACGUCUAAGGAUAUGAUUUGGUAAUGUAAGCUGUAGUGAUAUGCGUGUUAUGUGUGCAAUAUACCGUUAAAUGUUUUAUUGUUUUAGAUAUAUAAAAAAUAUUGAUAAAAGGUUUCCUAACGUAACUGAGGAAUCCACCAAAUAGAUGACUAAGGCUAGAUUUCUAUAACCUAUCCGAUGCUUUGUUAUUAGAGAUUGAAAAUAUAAGUUACAUAUAAAUUACCUGUGUCAUAUUACAAUUUCUAGUCGCAAAACAGCGGAUAUAUAGGUAAUAGAAAUCCGCAGUAUAAUGAUUCGACGUAAAAAUAAAUGUUUAAAACAAGUUGAGCUUGAACCUUGAACAAAUGUUUUAAUAAAUAAUUGCUUUAUCGCCGAGAGAAAUAUAUUUAUACUCCUGAGAUAUUAAGUACAAAAUAAGUGAUCAUUGUUACUAGCGGGCCAACACCAUGUCAUCGUGCCAUAAUGGUUAUCGGCAUUGGUAAUGUCGAUGAUUGCUCUGUCUCUCGAAACGCGUCUAUCGUACCUUCUAGAAUACGUGAAGUCUUGGCGAAUGGGUAUUUGCUCGUUCAAGGGAAUAUGUCAGUACUUUGUGUUGGUGUUGGCUCGCCUGUGUUUGUGUGCGGUUUGUUUGAAGUUUCCUCCAUUAGCUCCUAGUGUGCGCUUGUUAGCUCGGAAUUAGAUUUAUUAUUUUUACUGUGAACUCUUAUGAACUUUGUUUGAGCUACAAAAAUGUAUUGAAAUUAUGGCGUCCGCAAAAAAACUAUUGUAAAAUGUUAUCUUUUAUAUUAUUGUACAUAUUGGGAUUAUUAGGUCACAACCAAACGGCUAUAAAUACUACUUACGUACAUUUGCGAGUUAUGUUCUAAAUGUAACCUAUCGCUUAAUGUUUGAUGUACGAUAACUUAUGUGUUGUCGGUGAAAUAUAAUGAUUGUUUAUCAUUA